CUUCAGAUGAGGAGACUGCUUCUCAACCUAAAAAGAGAGCUUGUUUGGGGACUGAGACAGCGAAAGAUGGCACAGUGUGGCGUGAAGAACAGGUGGGGACCUGUCUCCCUUUCACCUCAAUAGAAGCGUACGCUGCAGAUGGAGAGCCAACGGCUAAAGCCAGGAAAAGUAUCUUGAGUCGCCUUCAGAGCUUCCUGUGUUUCAUCACUCUUGACAUGCUUCAUAGCAUUCAAGAAUGGACUAUUCAACAUGCACAGCAAACGGAGGAUGUUCAUUGGUUCAUGGACCUCCCUGAACUAAUGGCAUUUAUUUCAAUUGUCAUCUUGCGGGGGGUUACUAGGGUUCCAUCACUACGUGACUGCUGGUCAGCAAACCUGAGAAACCCACAGAUCAUUGGAACUAUGCCGCGUAACCGCUUCCAAGACAUCAUGCAACACCUACGCUUUGAUGACAGGUCCACCCGCAGUGAUCGAGCAAAGACUGAUAAGUUCGCUGCAAUUUCCAGUGUGUGGGGAUCAUUUGUCACCAACUGCAUCACGUGCUACAACCCUGGUCUACAUAUCACCGUUGAUGAACAGCUCUUCCCAUCAAAGACUCGGUGCUGUUUCCUGCAGUGUAUUGCAAGUAAACCUGACAAGUUUGGGAUCAAGUUUUGGGUGGCCUGCGACCUAAAAUCCAAGUACAUUUGCAAUGUCCUCCCAUAUCUUGGCAAGGACCCCAAUCGUCCCAGUGGGGAGAGACUGUCUGAAAAUGUAGUGAUGAGGCUGAUGGAACCAUUCCUAGACAAGGGCAGAAAUGUUACCAUGGACAAUUUCUUCACACCGCUUUCACUUGCGCAAAAAAUUCUUAGACGGAAAACCACCGUCCUCGGCACAGUCAACAAGAUUCGCCGGGAAAUUCCUCAAUCCGCUAGAUACACAGAUCGCAAUGAAUUCACCACUCAGGUGUUUUCAGCCUCUGCUACCACGCUGACGGCGUAUGCGGCCAAACGGAAGAAGACAGUCUAUAUUCUUAGCAGCAUGCACAGCGUGGUUCAGACUGAUAACACCACCAAAAGGAAGCCAAACACUGUCACCCUUUACAACACCACAAAGUGUGGCGUGGAUGUGAUGGACCUGAUGGUGCGGGACAUGCACCGGGACGCAGGAAAGACAGGUGGACUUCCUGGUGGAGCUUGCAAGAGAGUUGGCUAA